UGGUUGAACGGUCGAGCCUGUCGAGCGUCCCAAAGCGAACGCUUCCGACGCAGCAUUCGUCAGCCUAUUUCUGUAGUCUGCGCCAAGACGCCAAACCAAGGUAAAGAAAGCGAUCUGCAGCGAAGUCCAUCACGCUGGGAACGAUGGUCGGCGCGGAGCGUCAGCAGCCGCACCGCCACGAGAUGGUGGUGGACCAGGGUCCACGAGAACCGGUUCAGUCGGACGGCACGUCUGCGGACUCGAGUUCCGGCCCCGAAGACCGAGAGUCAGCGCAGGGAACCCGAGCAGCCGCCAUGGCCGAGAAGACGGCGGCCCAGAUCACGCUCGACGACAUACUGACCGUCUUCAGCGCCACAAAGACGGCCAAGAAGGUCGUGUCGAACCAGAAGCUCUUCACUCCACCGCAGCCGUCGUCCGACGCCAUCAAAGCCCUCGAGCAGCCGAAGAGAGAGUUCUCCAGCGGGACGGGCUAUGCCAAAGAAUACCGAGAUAAGGAGCUGCAGCUGUUGAAGCAGUUGGAGCCAGUGGGGCUGACGGGACUGUCGAGGCCACCUAAGGAUGCAGCAGGCGACGAUCUCCUUGAUGUGGCGGGGUCUCACGCCGGCCAGUCUGCCGCCCUUUCGGACUUGGCGGUGGAGAGCACCCAGCAGAUCUACGCCACCUACUGCAAUCAGGCGCACGUUCCAAACAUAGACCUGCCAAUCAUGGAGCACAAGGCAGAUGUGCUGCGGAUGGUGGACACGUACUCUACGGUGGUCAUCCGUGGAGCCACGGGCUGCGGCAAGACGACCCAGGUGCCCCAGUUUGUGCUGGACCACUGCGCCUCCAAGGGCGUCCACUGCAACAUCGUGGUGACGCAGCCGCGCCGGAUCGCAGCCAUCAGCGUGGCGCACCGAGUCUGCCAGGAGCGCCACUGGUCGCUGGGCAGCAUCGUCGGAUACCAGGUCGGCAUGGACAACCAGACGUCGGCCGAUACGAGACUGGCGUAUGUGACGACUGGCGUGCUGCUGGAGAGGCUCAUUGGCAAGAAGGACAUGAACGAUUACACGCACGUAAUUAUAGAUGAGGUGCACGAAAGAGACCAAGAAACAGACUUCCUCCUGCUUGUGGUGCGCAAGUUCCUGUGGUCCAACUCUCGUGGUGUCAAGGUGAUCCUUAUGUCAGCCACGAUCAACGUAGAGUACUUUGCGGAGUACUUCUCGUCGUCACUGUGUGAGCGACUGGUGUCAGCGCCAAUCAUUGAAAUUUCGGGCAAGAUGAAGGAGGUCAAGGAGUACUACAUUGACAGCCUGCGGACACUGGGCGAGCUUCCAGAGUUUGAUCCGGACGACCCCAGUAUCGCACCAGAGUCAUUUCGCAUUGCCCACCGUCUUAUCAAGGUCUUUGACAAGAUCGAAGCGGUGGAGCAAAAGGUUGAUGUGAACAAGGAGAGAUUUGCUCCGAAUCGCGGUGCUGUCCUUGUCUUCCUUCCCGGCUACGAAGAGAUCUCAGCGUUCACCGACAUGCUUCGAGAGGACUGUAUUUCGCUGAGGUGGACGAUACUCCCCCUGCACUCCACCGUGACUCAGCAGGAGCAGCAGUCUGUCUUUCUGGCUCCUGCCAAGGGGCACCGAAAGAUCAUUCUGUCAACGAACAUAGCAGAGAGCUCCAUCACCGUUCCAGACAUCAAGUACGUUAUUGACUACUGCCUGACCAAGUGCCUGGUGUGCGACCCGGAGACGAAGUACUCAUGCCUCAAGAUGGAGUGGGCAUCAAAGGCCAACUGCAAGCAGAGGCAAGGUCGUGCCGGUCGUGUGUCUGAAGGUCGCCUCUACCGCAUGAUACCUGAGCCCUUCUACAGGGACGUGCUGCCCGAGUAUGGCAUACCUGAAAUGCAGCGCUGCCCCUUGGAGCUGACUGUGCUGAAGGUGAAGAAGCUGGCACUGGACGAGCCUCGGGCCAUGCUGGGCCUCUGUCUGGACCCGCCAGACCUGGGUGACAUUGAGCGAGCCAUUCUGGUCCUCAAGGAGGUGAGCGCCUUGACGACAGUUAUUGGCGGCACCUUCUACCCUUAUGAUGGCGAGCUCACCUUUGUGGGCAAGGUCAUGGCCCAACUGCCCAUGGACGUCUGCCUCAGCAAGAUGAUCCUGCUUGGGUUCGUCUUUGGUGUGAUGGAGGACUGCAUCAUCAUGGCGGCGUGCCUCUCAAUCCAGUCCAUGUUUUCGAGGCCCUUCCAGAAGAUGCUUGAAGCAUACAAAUCUCGCAUGGCAUGGGCGGAGGGAUCGUUCAGUGACUGCUUGGCCAUGCUGAAGGCCUACAAGGUGUGGCAGAGCAUGCGGAUGCAGGGCGUGUUCGCCAGGCGCGGGGGCCUGAACGAGCGCGAGUGGGCCUCGCGCAACUUCCUUCAGCUUAAGCGCCUCCUCGAGGUGGAGCAGCUGGUGCGGGAGAUCCAGAUGCGGCUGGUCAAGUUCAACAUCCACUGCCUCGACCGUCCCAACCGGCCCCCGGUGGACCAGGACCAGCACCUCGUCAUUCUCCGGAUGGUGAUCUGCGGUGCAUUCUACCCAAACUACUUCUACCAAGAGGACCUGGACGAGACGACCUGCUGCCGGGGCCUCGUGACGGACCCCCUGUGCACGGUCAUGGUGCACGGCAUCCCGCAGAACCAGGGGGUGCUGUACGACCACGCCCUGCGCUCCCUGCUCGCGCCGUGCAGCAGCCGCAUGAAGAUAGUCUUCGAGGAGUCGCGCGCCGCCAUCGAGUUCCUGCAGAAGGAGCGCCGCGACGGAGUCCUGCCCGCGGUCUACACGGCCAUCAAGAUGCGUCAGCUGCGGCUGCCCCUCGAGCUGUCCCUGUUCCGGCCCGAGGACGCCAAGGUGAAGCUGGAGCGGCUGCAGAGGCUGCGCAGCCUCGAGGGCAGCGAUGGCAAUGGCGACGCCGAGAAGCGGCUCAAGUCCAACCGCUUGGUCGUGGUGCCCCGCACGGACACCCUCAAGACGGUCGCUCUGCCACCAGCGAGUCAGAUAACAGUCAACAUGUACUGUACUCACGUGGUGGACUGCGGCCACUUCUACGCCCGAUACUCGGACCAGUCAUCCCAGCUUGUGGAGCAGCACAUGAACGAGAUAAUAAACCACAACUCUGGCAAGAACUUAAAACCCCUGACAACCCAGCCAGCCCCCGACAUGCUGGUGCUCGCACCGUUCCGGGGAGCCUACUACCGGGCGAGGAUCGAGGAGACACUCGAAAACAAAUCAGUGAGGGUGUUUUUCCUUGAUUACGGCAAUACCGAGAACAUUGGCGUUGCCAUGCUCAGGAACAUCGACCCGGAGACGCACGAAGACGUUCUUAUCACGCCAGCUCAGGCGUUCGAGUGCAAGCUAGCAGAAGUGCGGCCUGCAGCCAUGACCAGCGGGAAGGACCAGUGGACGAAGCCUGCCCUGGAGCUGUUUAGCCGUUUAGUCGUGGGACAGUACCUCGUGGGUCGGGUGUACUCGGUCGUUGACAAUGUCGUUCGCCUGCAUCUGAUAGUGGGCAGUGGGCCGUCGCAAGUCAACGUCAACGACGAGCUAGUGAAACGUGGCUUCGCUGACUACUGCGAGGAAAACUUCCUUUCCAAGAGAAACCACCAGCUGCGAGAGAGGGUGGAGUCCUACCACCAGUCGCUUACUUCAGAGGCGGUCGACCCGUGCAUCAUAGAGACGAUGGACGAAGUUGACUCCACCAAGCUGGACACUGGCAUGAUGCAGAUGUCGUCGCGCAAGGCCAAGUUGCAUGGACCAUUCAGUCCCUUGGAGUCGAGGCUUGUCGGAAUGUCGAAGCUGUGCUCCCUCAGGGGCGUGCGCGUCGACCGCAACAGUGUCAACUCCGUGCUGCUGAACGGAGAGCCCCAAAACCGGCACCCAAGACUCCUCGUCGCGGGUACUGUGAGCCAGAGCUCUACAAGUGACCACGUUUCGCUGCGUAACACGACCCUCAUGCCCUCCGUGCCUGGGCUCCACUGCCUCAUGCCGUUACUGUUUGCUCCCUAUUGUGAGCUCAGGGUGAAUGCAGAACGGUCGGAGUACACGGGCGCGCUUUGCGGCCUGGGCUACGAAGCAGCAUCGAACUUGCCGCUCUACCCAGAGCAUGACCUCGAGGUGUCUUUUGACAUUGGCUUCACUGAUGAAGACCUUUUUAUGGUCAACAAGGUGCGCAUGAUGAUCAACCUCGUCCUGCGUUCUGACCCGGGCAUGUCCGUCGUCGGCUGGAACGGUGCCGGUCUUGCAAACUGCCAGGACAGGGCGCGGCGGUACCUUCUCGACCUGAUGAGCCGUAAGCGGCAGUCGAUCGAGCCCCGACUGGCCCCGCGGCGUUACACGUGGAACCUGGUGCAAGAGGAGUGGCGCGUGCAUGCCAUCGUGGACGGCAUGUUGGCAGCGGAGGACAACGUGCUGCCCCUGCUGGACGGGGUCACGCUAGAGCCGUCGCUCAACAACCUGCGCGUGCUCCGCAAGAAGCUACAGGACCUGCACGUGCUAGCCAGCAACUGUCGCACCUCAACCGAGCGCAUGCUGCGUUGUCCCGUGUGCGACGUGAUGUCGCUGAACCCGUACGACCUGCUGCAGCACCUGCGUACCAAGAGCCACUUGGACAAGGAGCGGCAGGUGCUCGACCUCUUCGAACGGUACUCUGUGGAUGCGGGGCAACAACCGUCACUGCAUAACUAGGAGAAAUUGGCAUCGCCAGAUGGUCUUCAAAGCUGCUGCUGCAGCAGUCAUCGUUUAGGUUGCUAGGCAAACUGGCGGACACUUGGAAGUACACAUGAUUUGUUGCAAUUUACGCCUGACGAACGUUUAGAUGCAAGUUUUUGCUUGCGAAUAUGUUUAAAUGAGCUCUUCUAUGAAGCGCUAUGUCAUGAACGGUGUUGUAUUUCGUGCCACGCGAAGGUGUAUGCGCGAAAUUAUUUUUCUGUUACUGCAUUGUUUGGAUAGUGUAAUGGCUUUUUGUCAUUACAGUUAAUAAUUACAGCGUUGAAAUGCAAUGCAAAAGUAUUCAGUGUCCCUCAGUCUUCAUGGCCGCACUGUCGGCCCACAGUAGUUCAUUUCAUCUUGCCGAGUAAUUAAAAAGAAUUAAAGCUUCCACAUCCAACGCGGUGUUACUGAUGGGGGUGCACUUUCUUUGUAAAGGCAGCACCCCCCUUGGAGAUUAAUGUUCUAACCUUGUUUGUUUGUUUUGGUUUUAGUGUGCAGGCGUGCGUGUUUGUACUUCAAUAAUGUGCACAAGUUGUGCAUGUGGUUUAUGCGUGUGUGUGCGUAUGUGUAGAUGCGUUUACUUGUAGCAAAAUGGCGGCCUAUGCGCACAAGUAAUGUGCACAUCGUUUUUUUUUUUCUCUUUAGUUUUAACGACUGCUUGCUGGCAGGCGCUCGCUGUGAAAAUGAUUUGUUUAGCUCAUUUUUUUUUUCUCUGUAUUUGGCUGCCGAAACCAUCAUUAACUCAUGACUCAUAUUGUUGUAAUGGGAUUCAGUUCGUCUUGUAGAGCAACUCAACAAAUGCCACACAAAUAUACAAAAAAUAAGAAAACAAAAAACUAAUUGCGGAUAGCACUAUGGUCUUUGUGUUUUUGCCUUGUUUAUGCUGUGUUGCUCCACAAGAUGAAUUUGAAAUCAGCUAGCCCGACUUGCCAUCUCAUUCUAGGACUCAGUGUUUGAAAUCAACAUGUACAGUACCUGAAUAUUACAAGAUUACAAGUGCUUCAUUAUUAGUUAAUUGAAAACUGUGCAAUUCUAACAUCGUCGUACUGGAAUCCUACAUUGUAGCUUUUGUCUUCUGAAAUAUUCUUCCUUAGACUGCAAGCCCCUUCCCAAAGUAGCUUUAGUUAGUAUAAACUCUUGGAACAUGACUGCAUUAUGUAGCUCAUUUGUAAUUUGUUAUGGGGGGGAAAUGAGUAAGGCUGCAUAGAGGAUACUACAGCUAAUACGUGAAUGUUCAUUUCUUAAUGACUGUGCAAGAAAUGAGGCAGCUUGGGAUUUCAGUGAUUUGGUCAUCACUUGUCGCUGGGAACUAUCUGGCUUCUGUUUGUUACGACAUAUUUUAGUCUCUAUUUUAGUCCUUUUUUAUUUGAUAGUUUGAUGCUCUUUUCAUUGCGUACAUGUUGCCACGACAUUUGUGUCUGCCAGUAACUGGCUUUCAUUACCAGUGUUUGCUGCUCAUACAAAUUAAUGCACAUACAAUCAGUCUUGAGCAUAAGCAUGGUAUAAAGCCACAACGGGUUUUAGUUUUGUUGUCAUAUCAGUAGUCACAAGCCUGUGAUCACUUUAGCCAAGCGUUGUCUUACUCGGGCAUAAAUGUUCACAUUACGCAUCGCCAUUGCAUUUGUUGAUACAUUUCCAGACCUCUUGGAAUCUGUGGAGAUUGCAUUUGAGUUUGUUAAUAAAAAGCAAGCACGAAA